AUGUAUGUAUGUCGCUGUGAAUUGGCUGCGCAGACCCUUCCACAAUGGUGUGGCAUACCGCUUUCUUGGGGGAUCGGCGUAUGUAGUGCACUGUUUGCUCUUGCCACCCCCAAUGGUGGUGUGACUUUUGUGCGGUCGUCAGUGUGCGCUGCCGGGGCAUGGGUCCUCUCUCCAUGCACGUGGUGUGUGUGCACUCUUGCUGUGCGGCACAGUGCCGUCCGCGUGCUGCGAGUGAAUUUGGUCUGCAGGGGUCGCUGGCGGUAUCUGAAACGGAAGCUGCCUCGUUGCGUUGCUUGCAUGCUGGUGUGUCUGUGGGUGUGA